AUGUCAGCUGAUUAUUGUCGGAGUUUUCGGUUGCGAGGGAUCCCAUGUGGCUAUCAAUCUAGGAUAGAUGUUCGUGAACUGGUCAAGAAGGUUCUUUGUAUCGAGCCCGAUGCAAGUGUUGUCGUUCAUUCACUCGCAAUCAAUCCUGUCCAUGAGAACAGCCAGGUCGCAACUCUGAGUUUUCACACUACCCCGAACUCUUUGUCCGACUGUUCCAGAAACGAGUGGGAUUUUGAGCUGCUGGCUAGCGACACCUCAGGCGACGAUGCUUUGGAUGUGAUAUCGCUCGUUUUUGAUACCCACUUCUGGGGUUUCACGCCUCUGCACCGUACUAAGGAUAGCGAUUGCCAUAUUGAUAUAAUAGCGAUAUCCGGUCUGAAUGGACAUGCGUUCGGUUCAUUUAAGCGAAAGCAGGGGUCAUUCAUGUGGCUCCGAGAUGCUCUUCCGCUAGAUGUCCGAAACGCCAGGAUCCUAAUAUAUGGAUAUGAUACUCAGUUGAUUCAAAGCCAUUCGUUCCAGAACUUGACAGACUUGGGCCGAACCCUUCAAGGGUACUUGAAAACCAUUCGGAAAUCUAACGACUUUCGUCCUAUAAUAUUUAUUGGACAUAGCCUCGGAGGUCUGGUUGUCAAAGAGGUUGGGAUUACCUUCGGUCUAAGCCUAGAUAUCUGUGUUUUCAACCAUACUAAUAUACCCUUACAGGCUGUUGUUCAGUUGAAGAAAGAGCAGAAUGAAGAGGAUGGAUCCAUCCUAAAGUCUAUUGCAGCCUUUCUGUUCUUUGGUGUUCCUCAUCAAGGAAUGGCUAUUGAAUCGCUAGUUCCUUUGGUCCACAACUCUCCCAAUAUGGGUCUUCUUCAGUCACUUGACAGAAACUCGCCGCUGCUUCCACGCCUCACCACCGACUUCAGCAAAUCCUUCGUUGGAAAAACCCCGAGAACAAUUUCUUUCUAUGAAACGGAAAAAUCUCGCACUGCAGUAGAGAUCACCCGCCGUGUUGGGGUAGUGAAAUGUCACUUACAGCAUCUUCAGGGCACUAGUGGCAAAUGGGAACUGUCUGGGCCAUUUGAAGUCUUGGUCGAUAUAUCAUCCGCAACAUAUGGCAGUGAUAGUCAACACCCCGUCAACCGCAACCAUUCUGAACUAGUGAAGUACAAUAGCCAGUACGAUGGAAUCUAUGAACGAGUCCGGAAUGUUCUACAGUCACUGAACAACAUAUUACCACGUGAACCCGUCUACACAAGCAUGGAAGUUGAAAGCCAUUCGUCCAGCAAUCUCUCAAACGAAACUUUUGAAUGUCUAAAGUCACUUUCCUUUCGAGAGCAAGAGCAUAGGUAUAACGAUAUCUUAUCCGCGGAAAAUACCUGCGGGUGGCUUUUGGAAGACUCGCAAUACCAGGCUUGGAUGAACCAACCUGGAAGCCUUUUUUGGAUCAAAGGCAACCCCGGGGCUGGCAAGUCUGUUCUCAUGAAAUUUGCCGUCACAAUGAUGAAACAGAGGGAGCCUAACGAACGCGUUCUGUCUUUUUUUGUCCAUGGUCGAGGAGCAGAGUUACAGAAGACGCCACUUGGCAUGUUCCGAGCAUUACUGCACUCUAUGCUUGAGCUUUUCCCCGACUAUCUUUCUAGUCUUACAUCCCAAUUCAAUGAUCAGGAAAAAAGACGCGGAUCUUACCAAGAGAAUAGGUGGCAAUGGCAAGAGUCUGAACUGAAAAAAAUAAUGUCUGAAAUUUUAACCAAAGGGACGAAGAAGCAGCCUAUCGUCCUAUUUGUCGAUGCCCUCGACGAGUGUGGGAAGCAUCACGCCAAAAGCUUAUUAUCUUAUUUCAGAGAUCUCAUGGAAGACGUCAAACGUGAAGGAGCGCAGGUAAAGAUAUGUUUUUCUUCACGACACUAUCCAAUUCUUGGCCUUGACAAAAUCCCGUCCAUUUCUGUUGAAGAGAGAAACGACAAAGAUAUACGAUCCUUUGUGAGAAGUCGACUAAGCGAUAUCCAACCAGCUGUUAAGCGUCAGAAAUUGGAGACAGAAAUCUUACAAAAAGCUCACGGGGGUUUCCAAUGGACAGUCUUGAUAGUUGACAAGGUCAUGGAGGGAUAUAUAAAUGGUGUCAAUGCGCAUGAUUUAUACCAUCAGCUCGAGACUACACCAGAAGCACUGGGAGAGUUUUAUGGGAAAACUCUGAGCUCCGUGGCUGGUGUCGAAAGAAAACAGAUGGUCAAGCUUUUUUCUUGGAUUCUUUUUGCUAAGCAGCCUUUGUCUUUGCAAGAGCUUCGAGAGGCGCUUACUACCGACAAGGACAUGGCCCAUACGUCUAUCUCUGAACUGAGACACUAUGCAAGCACCACGCUAGACGAAUUUGAAAGGCAUGUUAGGUAUAUCUCCCGAGGCCUGGUAGAAUUUCAGACCCGUGAAAUCUGGGAGCAGUAUGAAGUCGGGGGCGAAGAGUCUGACAAGGAGGCCCAGUUUAUCCACCAGUCAGUUGCUGAUUACGUCCUCGAGGAGUUUCUUAGCCAUACUGGCUCUGGUUCAAGCGUUGAAUCUACAGUUGGAGCUGGUCACUUUCAAAUUUCGAGAUCCUGCCUCAGAUAUAUGACGUUGAGGGAGAUCCUCGAAGGAACGCAACUGACUCGUGGUUCGCUCUCGGUGAAAUUCCCUUUGUUGCCUUACGUGGUGCGAAAUCUGUUUUACCAUAUUCAGAAGGUGGAACAGGAGGGAAUACUCCAGUUGGAUCUUUUACCAAUAAUUCACAACGACUGGCAGCCUAACACCUUGAGGAGGAUUGCGAGCGUGUGGAGAAUUAUGGACCCCUACAGAGCCUACACGCCCAUGGGGUGGCCAUUUGUUGAAGGAAGGCCGCUUCAUUCUUUAGUCACCUUUGGCUCGAAGAGCGCAUUCGAUGCCUUUUUAGAGAUGGGAGAUGUGCAGGUCGAUGAUAGAGACUCGCAUGGAAACACCUCACUGCUACUUGCUAUUAGAGAACGUCACCAGGAAAUAGCACUAGCGCUACUUGAACGGUCUACCAAAUGGCAAAAUCGACACGAAGUAGCUGUGCAAAUUCCUGGCGGUCCGGAAGAAACGAUGUCAAGAUCAAAUUAUGUUGUGGACGUGGACGCCGAGAACAACGAUGGUGAGACAUCAUUGGAUGUAGCAUUCCAAGAAAGGCUCGAUGAAGUCAUCAUCAAGUUGAUUGAGGCGGGUGCGGAUUUGGGAUCAUCUGAGCAAGAGACGGGGCUCCUUUUCCACGCCAUAGAUCGGAGACAUGAGUUGCUAUUUGCUAAGCUCCUGCGGGAAAAUGUAAAGCUUGAUGGAGCCGUCUACUUUACUGUCGAGAAUUUAAUAUAUACGGGGGGUGAUAAACUCCUUGAAGAUUUUAUUGUCAGGCUUCUCGAUGCAGGAGCCAAUACUUCGAAAAAUGUGGAAGCCUAUGAUGAAUCCGACGAAGAUGAUGAAGAGAUUAAAGAGAAUUACGAAGCGAUCCUACUCGCGUCGCGAACAGGCCAAACAUCUCUAGUUAGCCUUCUUUUAUCACAUGGUGUCUCGACAACUGUAAUUGAUGGAACUUUCUUCUUGGCCGUGAAGAAUGGUCAUGAGGAAAUAGCAAAGAUGCUUAUUGACAACGAAGCGGAUAUCAAUACCAGAAUACACGGAUUGACGCCACUCUCAUACGCCAUACGGAAUGGCCACGAGGUCAUAGUAAAGAUGCUUAUUGAUAACGAAGCGGAUAUCAACAUCAGAAUAGACGGAUUGACGCCACUCUCAUACGCCAUACGGAAUGGCCACGAGGCCAUAGUAAAGAUGCUUAUUGAUAACGAAGCGGAUAUCAAUACCAGAAUAGACGGAUUGACGCCACUCUCAUACGCCAUACUGAAUGGCCACGAGGCCAUAGUAAAGAUGCUUAUUGAUAACGAAGCGGAUAUCAACAUCAGAAUAGACGGAUUGACGCCACUCUUAUACGCCAUACAGAAUAGCCAUGAAGCCAUAGUAAAGAUGCUUAUCGACUAUAAAGCAGAUGUCAAUAUCCGCCAUUAUCAAACAGGAUCAACACCACUAUUAUCAGCCUUGCAGGGUGGUCAUAAAACAAUAGCAGAUAUGCUUCUUCAUAAUGGAGCAGAUGUUAAUUCUAGCAAUAUUCAAGGAUUAACGCCUCUCUUAUACGCUAUCCAAUCCGGUCAAGUGGCAAUGGUGAAUGCACUUAUCGAAAGAGGAGCAGACCUUAAUGCUUAUAAUAAUAAAAGACCGACGCCGCUCUUCUGCGCCACCCAAAACAGCGAAGAGGCACUAGCAAAGAUACUUAUUGAAAGCGGAGCAGAUCCUAAUGCUUGCGAUAAUCAAGGAUUAACACCGCUCUUAUGGGCCUCCCAAAACGGCAAAUGGGAAAUAGCAAACGCCCUUGUUGAAAUGGGAGCUUUUGUAUAG